UUUAGUGGUGGUUAGCAUUUCUUUAGAAUUAAAACAUAUUUAUCUUCGCAUACAUUUAUGCCUGAAUUUAAAAUACUCUCUACAUCGCUUGACUUUAUUAAAGUUUUAAAAGUAAAUGGAACAGAUUUAUUUACGGCAAGCACACUAACAACCCAUAUAAAACGGGAUCAACGGAGCCAUAAUGUCCCGCCGCCGAGUGAGAAAUUUGUCGAUUUCGUCUGAUUACGAACACAACAGUGCUCCAAAAAAGAAAAAAACAGCGCACACUCCUUUGGUAGAUGAUUUUGAAAUACAGAGCCAGUCAUCUUCAAAGUCGGGUGAACACUCCCAGCUAGAAUUCCCAAAUAAUCUAUCUUUAGAAGGUACUAUACCACGUUCGAUCAACUACAAAGACAUAUCGGAGCGUUGUGGAAAGGUUUCCUCUAUGCGCCUUCAGAACUUCAUGUGUCACGAGAAUUUGUUCAUUGAGUUUGGUCCCAAUAUAAAUUUUCUUGUGGGAAGCAACGGCAGCGGAAAAAGUGCGAUUCUAACGGCCCUUGUCCUUGGGUUAGGCAACUCAGCACGUGCCACUAAUCGUGCAAGCAGCAUACAAAAACUAAUAAAAAACGGAGAAACAAGUGCCACUAUUGAAGUGACUCUGUGCAACUCGGGACUUCGUCCGUUUAAAUCGGAUAUCUAUGGCCCACGCAUUUCAGUUGUGCGUCAAAUUCGACAAUCCUCUUCACAGUACCAGUUGAAAGACUCACGUGGCAAUACUGUGUCGAAGAAAUUGGAUGACAUACGUCGAAUGUUAGUCUUUUUCGGUAUACAGGUUGAUAACCCAAUAUUCGUCCUUAAUCAGGACACCGCGCGUCAGUUCCUAAAGGACCUGGAGCCAUCUUCGAAUUACGCAUUAGUGAUGAAGGGGACUCAGUUGGACCUUUGCAGUUCAAGCUUAAAUCAGAGCUACCAAAGACGAGUAAAAAUGGUCCAUGAAAUGGAACUUUUAAAAGAUAAAAAGGACCAGACGCAGAAACUAUGCAAUAUAGAAGAGGAUAAAUUGAAGAUGCUUCAGAACAAGGAGUCUAUUAUGACCCGCUUGGAGAAGGCUAAAGCGGAAUUAGCUUGGGCCGCAGUCAAGCAGUACGAAAGGGAACUUUCGGGCUACAUAGCAAAAAUUGAUGCCAUUGAACUAAAAAAAGCCGAGCUGAUCGAAUGCACUUCCAGAAAGGAUUGUCAGCAACAAGCGCUCUCUCAUCAACUGAGCAAAUUGGAUGAAAAAAAGGCACCGCUGUUUGUAUUAUAUAAAAAACAAGAAAAUGUUACUAACAGCGCCAAACUGCGGGUACAAGAAUGUAAUCAGAAACUGUUUGAUAUUAAUAUAUCCAUAAAAAAUGCGCAACGCCGAAUGGAGGAGGACCAAAAAAUCUUAGCCAGCUGUCAGAAACAUUUAGAGAACUACAACGUUGACUAUGCAAAACAUAAACGAUUGAAGGAGAGCCAUGCCGCUUUGCUUGGUACGCUUAACAAAAAAAUGAUUUCAAAUGAAGAAAUAAUUCGUCAAUUGCGAAAGGAACAACAGGAGCUUACAGCCAAAGCUUUGGAAAUACAAGAACAGUCUGAAAAUGCAAAGAAGGACUUAAGGAGGCUUGAACAAAGGGAUCAUCAUCUAAAAUUGGAAAUUAACUCGUUGAUAUCUAACAAAUCCAAUCAAAUGUCUGUAUAUGGUCACCAGGCGAUCGCUGCUCAAAAUCAUAUUCGUAGAGAAUUUAAUAGCGAGGGCAUGAAUAAUAUGCCACUUGGGCCGCUCGGCACAUAUAUAUCUGUACCAAAUCCAAAGUACCGCGAUUUGGUUGAAAAUGAAUUAUCAGGCGUCUUGCGCUCAUAUAUUGUGAAUUCAGAUGCUGAUCGUCGGAAGUUAAGCCAUAUAUUUCAGAAGGUAUACACUCAUGGCAAGAUUCCAUCUAUAAUCUUAAGCCCGUAUUCAGAUCGUGUGUACGACGUGUCUAACCAUAAGGUAAAGCCCAUACCAAACACUAGAUUACUUAUGGACGAAAUAAGGUGUGAAAACCCUAUAGUAAUGAACUAUUUAAUAGACGUAUGCAGAAUCGAAACUAUUUUAAUAACCGAAUCAAAAGAAAUCGCAGAAUACUUGACCUCAGAGCUCGAAAAUGUCCCACCAAAUUUGUCACGUGUCUUAGUGCCAAAUCUAUUACUUGAAUAUUCACCAGCGCCAAAUUAUGCUAUGUAUUCGUUAAAUUUAAAAUCGGCGUGCAUCCUUCAAGUAAACGUAGACGAGCGCAUAAAGGCGCUUGAAGGUGAUGCAGCAGAUUUGAAGAAUAACAUACUGAACUCACAGAGAAUAUAUAAAAGUACAAACGAACAAAUUACCAGCUUUAAUAGAGAAAUCGAAGCUAAAGCAUCACUUAUCAAUCAACGUUCAACGGAAAAUAAGGAAACCUUGCGUAAAAUAAUGGAAAUAGAGCAAUACGAAUACGAGGAGUUGCCUGAGCAAGAUCAUUUGCAAAGAACCAUGGAUAACAUAUCUAAUAAAAUUUGUGAAGGGAAAAAACAGAAUGAGCGUUUACAGGCCGAACUUGUCGACAUCAGCAAGGACAAAGCAUUAGCUGAAAAUGAAGAAGCGGAGCAACGUGCGAAAAUCAACCCAUUACAAGAAAACAUUGCGUCUGUCGAAAAAGAAUACACGGAAAUUGAGUGCAAAAUACGCAGUCUAGAUACACAUUAUGAUGCAAACUUUUGCAAACUUAACAAAACAAUUGAGUUGCUUGAAAAUUUUAUAAAGCAAAAGGGAAAUAUUGAAAGAGAGCUUCAGGAGGCGCGCAACAAAGCCCAGCAAAAAGGAGACUACAGUGAAACCGAGCAAUCAGAACAAGAAAUACGCGACAAAAUUAGUCGCUACGAAUCAAAAAUCAAACAAUACAAGAGCUUGAAUUUUACUAUCGAAGAGGUGGAGAAACAAUUGCACCAUUUAAAGAGUUCCUUAAGGCUACAAAUUGAAAAUUUGCGAAUUGCUUACCAAGCGGCAAAGAUAUUACGCAUGUGCUAUCAUCAGCGCGCUCAACGUUUCCAAAGAUCGCGACACCAUUACUUCACUAUGGUUGAAUUUCAGUUUCAACAAGCAUUAAAUCUGCGCGAAUUCAGCUCUGCAAUCCAUGUAAAUCACAAAUCACAUACAUUUCAAAUAGAUGUACAACCACCGAGCGGAAAUAAAACAUCGAAUUCCAAGACUUUGUCAGGAGGCGAGCGAUCGUUUACAACAGUUUCGCUCUUAAAGGGUCUAUGGAGCACAUCGGAUCAUCCGUUUUAUUUUUUGGACGAAUAUGACGUUUUUACGGAUGAAGUGAAUAGAACAUUUAUUACACAAAUUCUUAUUGAUGAAGGAAAUGCAUAUCAGAACCGACAAUUUUGUUUCCUAACUCCACAAGAUACGGAGGUUGCGGCUAGCCAUCUCAUCACGGUGCAUAAGCUGGAUCCCCCGGUUCGCUAAGUUACUAAAAGCUAGACCUCUGUUGCAGGACAACUACACAAUAUAAGCACAGGAAAGCCUAAUCAAUUCAUGUUAUAAAUUAGUUGUUACUUUUAAUUAAAAAUAUUUGUUAAAGUUUAAAAUCUAUUAUACCAUUUUCAAUAAAACUACCGAAACACCACCACUCACUGGUGAAACAACAAAA